CCAUUGUUGCUGUGAUGUCAAAUAAAUGAAUGCCCAAUAAAAUUGGAGCUUUUUAAAAUUUAACAGGAAGUCGUCUUCUUGCAACAGACAACUGGUGAUAAGUAAUUUCGAUCGUUUGUUAUAUUAUGGCUCAAAAUAUUAAUCCUCACUUCGCAUCUUCGUCCAACCCUGCGAAACAGAAUGAGGAUACGAUAAAACUGAAGGACAAUCAUGCUGUGAGCAAACGGUUGCAGAAGGAACUAAUGGAGCUAAUGCGAUGCGCAGACAAAGGGAUAUCCGCGUUUCCAGAGAGUGAAAAUCUGUUCAAAUGGAUCGGGACCAUCAACGGUCCACAGGACACGGUGUACGCGGGGCACAAAUACAAAUUGUCACUAGAAUUCCCCAAUUCUUACCCGUAUGCCCCGCCGGUAGUUAAGUUCCUCACCCCCUGCUUUCAUCCCAACGUAGACACCUGCGGGUUAAUAUGUUUAGACAUUUUAAAGGAUAAGUGGACGGCGCUAUACGACGUACGUACUAUUCUAUUGUCAAUACAGAGCUUGCUCGCCGAGCCCAACACGCAGAGCCCUCUCAAUCAACAAGCCUCGUACCUGUGGCCCAACCAGCCCGCAUAUAAGAAAUAUUUAGACGAUUUUUAUAGUAAACACAAAGAUUCAUAGUUAAAUUACAUGUUUUCUUCUACUUAUUGUGUUAAAUGUAACUUAUGUUGAUUGUUUGAGUGAGGAGUGAACACCGACAGAGAUCUCCUGUAUCAUGUCUUAUAUAAAUUAUGUUUAUUUAAAAAAGUAUUCUAAAAUAAAUGAUUGUAAAUGAAUUAAUUAUUUGAAUUGAAUAUCACCACUUGCCAUUCCUAAGUUUGAAGUUAUGUAAAUGUCUAUCUGAGAAACACUGACAAAUAUAAUUAUUUAGUUCAAUUCA